AAAGACGCUAUUUCGGACACUGUGUGCCUGGUGUCUUCAUCAGUCAGACGGUUACAGCAGGAAUGUUCUUUAACGUCACUGCUGUUUUGGGACUGCCACGACGAGACCUGUCUUUAAAGGCUGUUUGACCAUUUUUAAAUUUACGUACCCACCUGUAAACAGUUUUCUCUGACAGACAAACUUCCCGUAUGAAGUAUGCAGUUCACUAAGUAUCUGCCUUGCAGGUAUUACAUGUCCUAAUGAACAACGUACUUUAAUGUACGCUCUGAUUUCAGAAUUGUGUGACUAUAUCUGAUACAAAACUAAAUGUCUCUGAACGGUACGAUAGUUUCAAUAAAACUUUGCAGGACUAUAAAAGACUCAUUCAUGUAUCAUCCACGUAAAAGAAUAGUUUCUUGCGUGUCACAUUUCAGGAGCCCGCUCGCCGCUGAGCAUAUGCUAAUUUUUAGAAUCAUAAAUGAAUAUAAUCUUAAGAAUCAUAUUCUUGUUGACAGCUUUGAAGUACGACUAAAAUUUUCAUACAGUUCUAUUAUUUAUUUUGUGUCAUGUAGAGUCAUAGUUUAUACAUGUAAGGUAAGCUUAAUGAGCGUGUUUUAUAUAAAUUAUGCCCGAAUCCUUAGAUCACAUUUUUUACAUAUACUUAAUCUUAAUUUCAGAAUAUUUUGCAUACAUUUCUUACAAAUAAUAUUAACAAUAUUUCUCUUCCAUUCUCAAAAGUUUCAGAAACAUGGUGAUAUUGGCGAUCACUUUACUGUAAAAUGAGACUAAAAAUACGCAAGACCUUCUGUUAUAGAAUUUUGACAAAAUAUGAAAAAAGUUAACAAAGUACAAAUAAUCAACGGCAAUUGUUGUCCAUUUCAGAUCAGACCACGAGGAACAAAAUGUGAUGAGAAUGCAAAACUCGCGAUGUUGUUUGUGAAAUUCUCACAGUAGAUCAAAAUAGAGACUGAAAUAAGUUUCCUCACCUUUGUAAUGUCUGUUCAUGUAUUUAUAUGACCAUGAUUGACGUCAUUUGUUGUUGUUUUUCAAAGUCUAUAUAAGUUGAUUGGUUACUUCGAGAAAGUCAUUUUCAUAGUAGGACUUCCUAUGAAAAGUAAAUUUUGAAAAUGGUUUGGUAUCAUAAAUUUGCGUUUGCUCGUAUUAACCGGAAUUGCAAUAGAGUCACUAGAGAGUGUGACGAGGUAAUGUUUACAUUUAUUUGUUGUUUUUUUUUCUUUGAAACAAUACUAAUAGCUACAACAUUAAUAAUUAUACUUAAGAUUUAAAAAUUCGUACAAUUAAUAAUACUAAGAAGAAGAAAAAGAAGAAAAAAAAGCAGUAGAAAUUGUAGCAGUAGUAAUAGUAGCAGUAGUUGUAGUAGGGAUAGCAGUAGCAGUAGAAGUAGUAGCAGUAGCAGUAGUAGUAGCAGCAGCAGCAGUUUUAGCAGUAGUAGUAGAAUUGGUUGUAGCAGUAGCAGUAGUGGCAGUAGCAGUGGCAGCAGUAGUAGUAGUAGCAGCAGUAAUAGCAGUAGUAGUUAUAGUUGCAGUAGUAGCAGUGGUAGAAGUAGCAGUAGCAGUAGCAGUAGUGGCAGUAGUAGAAGCAGUACUUUUUUGUUGGGUUUAACGUCGCACCGACACAAUUUUAGGUCAUAUGGCGACUUUCCAGUUUUGAUGGUAUAGGAAGACCCCAGGUGUCCCUCCGUGCAUUAUUUCAUCAUGAGCGGGCACCUGGGUAGAACCACCGACCUUCCGUCAGCCAGCUGGAUGGCUUCCUCACAUGAAGAAUUCAACGCCCCGAGUGAGACUUGAACCCACAUCGAUGAGAGGCAAAUGAUUUGAAAUCAACGACUUUAACCAUUCGGCCACGGAGGCCCCAAUAGUAGUAGCAGUAGUUGUAGUAAUAGUAAAAAGAAGAUGAUGAUGAUAGCAAUUUUUAUUUUCAUUAAAAUAAUUAAAGUGACGAUGAUUAUGAUACAUACAUAAGUAAAUAAUGAUUAAAACACGUGCGAGCAAAGAGUGUCGAUGAAUAUUUUACCGGAUCUGCCUGACUUUCAUUUGAGAAUUUUAGGAAUUUAAACGUCGUUUUAAAUUUUAGGUGAUUGAACGGAGAAGUGAAAUUGAUGAUGGGGACAUAGAAUCAAAUGUUGCUAUGGAAACGGAUAAAAAAUUAUCAUCAGAUAUUCCAAAUUAUGGGCAACCUAUUUCUCCGACAACGAGAUUUCCAGUGAAAAGGUCCCUUCGAAGAAGAGUGUCACCAAAGACUAUUAUCCAACCGAUCCCUGUAAUUGCUGUAGACACAUCUGUUGAUAGUUCACCAUUGACUUACAUAGACACAAUAUCGUCUGCUUUAACAGCGCCCGUGAUAGUGUCCCCGCUUCUAGCCACAUCAGCAGUGGCAGAACCUUUGAUGCAUUCCCCUUUUCUAGCCACAUCAGCAGUGUCAGAAUCGUUCAUACAUUCUCCAGGUCUACCGUUGGCACUUUCCCCGCUUCUACCCUCACCAGCAGGGGCACAUUCCCCGCUUCUACCCUCACCAGCAGGGGCACAUUCCCCGCUUCUACUCUCACCAGCAGGGAUAGAACAAUUGAUGCGUCCUCCGCUUCAUUUCACAUCAGCAUCGACUCUACCAUUGAUGCAUCCAUCCAUUCAACCUAGGCGAUUUGUGGAGCGUAAAAGUUUGUCCAUUCCAGAAAGUCUAUGCAUGGAAGAUUGUUUACCAUCAAAUCCGAAUAUGCAGACACAUAAAGGUUAUGGCGAAGCGGAUCAUAAUACACGCGGAUUAUUUCUUUGCAAAUGGAUCAACUGUGAGCAACAGUUUAGCUGUAUGGAAGAAUUUGUGGGGCACGUAAAUGAUCAACAUGCACGGAUUGAGAGACCUGAUUUGGAAUAUCGGUGCAAAUGGGCUGGAUGUCAAAGGAAAGGGAAAGGGUUCAAUGCAAGGUACAAAAUUUUAAUUCACAUCCGGACACAUACAAAGGAGAAGCCACAUAAAUGUUAUAGAUGCGGAAAAUCGUUUGCAAGACCAGAAAAUCUUAAAAUCCACUCACGGACUCAUACAGGUGAAAAGCCAUACUCCUGUCCAUUUGAAGGCUGCGACAAGGCAUACUCAAACUCGAGUGACAGAUUCAAACAUGUACGUACACAUAAAGAGGGCAGACCUUAUGCAUGCAAGAUCCCUGGUUGCAACAAACGGUACACAGAUCCUAGUUCGUUAAGAAAACACGUAAAAACUCAAAUGCAUCAUUAUACGGAACAGAGCAGUGAAUUGUCACCUAAUCUACCAUUACACUCAUAUGUAUCUAAAGACAAUGAUGUAAAAUCACCCAGUUCUCACUCCUGUUUCGACUUCUCUGGAAAAAUAUCUGUGUCAGUUACCAAAGCUGGAUGUAAACCAUCUGCAGCGAUAUUUAAUAGCCUGGAACAAAGUAGUUUGCCGUUGAUUGAUUUGUUGAGACCAGUGCCUGACCGACGACUUUCUUCGGCGUUUGUUCCGGUCACCACAGAUGCAUUAUCACCAAAUGCAUACAUGAGAAUGUGAAAUCAAAACCAGCGGACAUUCUUUAAGACAGUCAUGUAUAUGCUAUUAAAUAAAGAUUGCAGGAUCUUUUAACUUGUUCCGAUCGUCGGAUGGUGUUAAUUCAGGCAUAAGCAUUUCGAUGAACUUCCUUUGAAACAUAAAUGUGAAAGUGCGAAGAUGAGUCAAUAUACAAGGAAGUAUUGAAUCGUCUGAUAUUAGGAGAUCUAUUUCUGUUAACAUAUUCAAUUUCGAUGUAACUCAUUGCAGAGUUGGAGCAGUCUUCUGCGCAUGCCCGGAAAUGAUUAUCAGUUGUAGUGCACGGCAAAAAUAUGCAUAUUUUUGCAUGUCCGCGCGCAUUUAGUGUAUAAUAUGCAUAAUAUACUGACUAAAGGUUAGGGUUAGUAUCACCAUGGUUACAAAAUAUAAACAUUUAAGAUAUUUUUCGUUCAAAUUUAGUUAAUCCGGUAUAUACCGGAGUCUGUAAUUUAUACCGUCGCUCCAAGUCUGCAUUGAGUCAGAGUCAUUUAAUUUUAUUAUGAAACGUACAAAAUUAUUUACUUAAUAUCACUUAAGUACUAUAUGAAUAAUUAUAUUUUGAGUUUUUGUUAUCAAAAUUAUUGUUAUAAUUAUUUAGUUAUUUUCAUUGUCAUGAAUUUAUCUUUUGUGAGUUGAAUAUAGAUACACCAGUACUUUGAUUCAGUAUUCCAGUUUGGCAGAUCAUGCUUUUUUUAAUAAUUCACAAUAAGGUUGACGUUAUGUCAAACUACUUGUAGCUACCGAGAAACGGUACUACUGUAAUGUAUCUACUUAUAUAAAAUAUAGAUCCGAAAUAAUAUAGUAGAAACCGCGUUUUUCAUAUAAUUUAAAUAUACAGAGUCGGUUAUAGUCCGCAGUAGAUAAAAUAUAUAUUAUGUUAUGCACCGAAUGAGAAUACGGACCGUUUGUAGCUGAUGUAUUAUUAUUCACAUACAAAUAAUAAAUUAGAACCACUCUAUUUCAUUUGGGUACUUUUUAUUUACUAUAAGAAAGAUGUGUAGGUUAUUUAAGAAUGA